AUGGCCGCCUACCUCUUCGUGUGCUUGGGCCUUCUCUGGUGCGGCCUGCAGAUUCCCGCGCUUGCCAAGGGCAGGGGCGGCCGCGCCGCCACGGCGGCUGUUGCUUUCGGUGAAGGCGCAGAACGGCGGCAGCUGGCGGCGACGCCGAGGGCUGGCGAUGGUGGAGUGAACCGGUCGGGCGACGUUGGUCCGCGCCUUGCGUACGGGAUCAUGGUGUACCAGCGGAAGGGUUACUCGCCGCAGACUACGCUGGACCAGUUCGGGAGGAUGCUGAAGGCGCUGUACGACGAGGAGAACACGUAUGUCAUCCACGUGGACAUCAAGUCGGAUAAGGCCCUCCUCGACGCGAUCUCGCACCACAUCAAGGACCUGCCCAACGUUUACGAGGAGGACUACCCGUCCGCGAGCCAGGCGGAGAUGCGGCGAUGGCUCAAGGACCAAAAGGACGGGACCAACUUCAUCAAGUGCUGGCCCAUCGAGGGGCACGACUUCUUCGGGCAGAUGGAGAGACACGAACAGCGCGUGCAGGACGUUAACGUUGACGACUUUAUGGGCGGAGUGAAAGAGUACCGCACCAUGAGCGGUAAUACGGGGUCCCAGGAGCGGCCCAAGACGGACUACAAGUUCUUCAAGUCGUUGCAGCAAACGAUGCUGUCGAGGCAGCUGACGGAGUACGCCAUCCACAGCUCGGAGGCGCGGCGGCUGCUGCUGUACAUGGCCACGUCCAAGGCUCCCGACGAGCUGUACUUCCCGACCCUCACCCAGCUUGACGAGCGGUACUCCUCCAUGGCAACGUGCAAUGACACGCGGCAUUUCUCGUACUGGAUACGGCCGGGCGGCAGCUGGCACCCGGAGUACCUUACGCUUGACCACUUCCCCCUGGUUCACAACGCGACGGAGUUUUACAUCCGGAAGGUCGAGGAUGCGAGAGGAUCGAAGCCGCUGUUGGACACGCUGGAUAUUCUCCGCGCCGGGCAUCCUUUGGAUGCCACGCUGCCAAUCUUGAAAGCGUGGCUCAACAGGAAGGGGGAGGACGGUGUUUCUCUGGGGGCGGAGGGGGGUCCGAUUAUGCCGUUUCCGGAGGACGGGACUGUGGAUGAGGCGAUGGCGGAGCUGUACAGGAGGCAGUCGGAGUACGCGGAGAGUAGGCGGUGCAUGUUCCUGGCCGGGAUCGCUCGACGAAGCCGGAAACGAGCGGAGGCCGGGGCGGCGGCGGCGGCGAUAUCCAGGGGCCAGCCCGGGCUUAAGGAUAGUGGCAAGUCGAAGACCAGCGUCCAGAUAUUGUACAAGUACCGGAAAUUGUGA